GCCAGAGAGACGGGGAGAGAUAACCAAAUCGAGAUUUUUAAGUGACAGGGAAAUGAACCACGAUUCCUGAUGAGACGACGUCGUUUUAUGCCCACAUGAUGAAAAUACCGCCGCUUCACUGCCCCUCCUAAACGCACCGUUUUAACCUUAAACGCCCUCAAGAUUCCAAAUCGUAAUUCAACCUUCUUUCUUCUUUUCUGAUCCCUCCAGCCUGCAUUCUCUACUCAUCGUUCUACUCUCUUCUUCCGUUCAAUCGUCACUUUCUGCAGCCCUGUAUAGGAUUCAUAAAAUCAAUGGAGGACGGAGGAGAAGAAAGGAAAAUGGGGAAGGCAGUAGGGGGGAUGGAAGGAGUAGCAUCAAUAGCACUGCUGCCUUGUGGGUCUAUCUCUGGCCACUUCAUCCAACUUCCCCAAUCCAUCUGCUAUGGCCUUCAUGGCACUGAAUUGGAGUGCGAAAGGGAGUGCAGCAGGGGUGAGGAUUACCGUUUAAUCAAGCUCACAAUCACAGACUACAAUCAGAGUAAGAAAGAGCAGACUGUUGUAGUGGAGUGCAGAGGACAUGAUGCUGCGCGGUUCCAUGACAUUGAUCAUGCUCAUGGCUGGGAAAAGGAUGUUGUGGGUAUGGUUGAGGAGAAGCAUGGCAAGAACAAGAUUCUGGUUUCUUUUGAGUGCGAGAAACUGAAAGCUGAGAAAGCGGCUGAAGACCAUAUCAGGCAGUUCAUGCCCAAAUUAGCUGGGCUUGAUGCUGUUGUCAACAUUGGUCCAAUGAGAAUUGUAGGCUUGGAUUUUGAAGAGGAGGCCGACCAUCAGGCUGAUAUAUGAUACAGUCUCAUAGAUAUGAUGAGGAAGGCUCCUUGCCUUUGUUUAUAUUAUUUUGGCUUGGCAUGUCGUACAUACAGAUAUUGUAUUGUCAUAGUAAUUGAAAUCUAGUGUAAUCCCCCCUGCUUCUUGGAAGGGAUAGAUUAAGAAUGGCAUGAUUUUUUACUCUGUAAGCCAUGUGAUGAUGAAGAGUUGCAGCACAAGUAGUAUGGAAUUGUGGAGCGGCAGAUAUAGAGCAUUUUGAAUGUAGAAUACAGUGCUAUAUCUAUAUGCACACUUUGUGGCUGUUUGGAUA